UCCUCUGUUAAUGAUCCCAUAUGUUUCACCUUUCUAGCUAUAAAUCCAACGAGGACUACGUUUACGUUAGAGGACGCGGCAGAGGGAAAUAUAUUUGUGAAGAAUGUGGAAUCCGCUGCAAAAAACCGAGCAUGCUGAAAAAACAUAUCCGCACACAUACAGAUGUCCGUCCUUAUGUGUGCAAAUUCUGUAAUUUUGCCUUCAAAACAAAAGGAAACCUAACUAAACAUAUGAAGUCAAAAGCCCAUAUGAAAAAAUGCCUUGAGUUAGGAGUGUCCGUGACAUCCGUAGACGACGUGGACGCCGACGAAGCCGAUGAUACCCAAAGAGAAUCUGAAAAGGUGGAAGUAUCUGAAGUUAUUACAGAACACCAGUUCUCUGAUGCCGAAGACUCGGAUGGAGCUGAAGAAGAGGGGGAUGAAAAUGACGACGAUGAAGAGGAUGAUGAGGACUAUGAGGGCGAUUCAACACCAAAGACUCGAUCCAGAAGCACAAGCCCUCAGCCAUGCAGAUUUCCCUCUUUGCCAGUAACUGCUGCAUCCCCCACGCAGAACACGUCCGAAAUUCUGGGCUCCUCUAGUAAGCCUUCCGUCAUCAGCUAUUUAGUAACCCUACCAAGUAUUCAGAUAACACAGCUCAUGGCACCCAGUGAUACCCGAGAGGAUUCCCAAAUGACAGAAUACCAGAGACUUUUCCAGCGGACAUUCAGUGAGCCAUUUAAGCACAGGUUAGACGUGCCAACCUCGAUGGACGAGGACUACCUGUUUUCUCCGGAAAACAGUUCCUCCUCUAGAGAUCUGUCACCCUCCAGGCUUUCCUCUCCAGGCUGUGAUUCCUCACCAUAUAGGGAACCAUCGCCCACUUUGAGACGGUACUUGUCACCCAGGCGAGAUGUUUCCCCCCGAGGCCACUUGUCACCACGUCGAGAGGCUUCUCCUUUGAGGCACCUUUCACCAAAGAGGGAUAUUUCAUUCAAGAGGGAGGUUUCACCCAGAAGAGACUUUUCUCCAAGAAGGCAUUUAUCGCCAGUGUCCUUAGCAAAGGUGGUGUCUUCAGGCAAAGACAUUUCCAGCAGGCGAGAAAUGUCACCCCGGAGCAGGCACAGAGGCAUGAUACGAGCAGCAUCACCCCGGAGGGGCUUUCAUCACCAGAGCAGCUCUUGGCCUGCUGGGCCUAAUCUAUCAUCUGAAUUGGUGCCACUGGGGCAGAGGCUCAGGACGCAGUUUGAGCUGGACUUGGAGCAAAGGAAGGAUUCUGUCCCACCAUUGUGUUACUCUCCAGAAUAUCUUAAUGGCCAUGAACCUGCUCAUUCAUCCCUGCCCACGGGAAGCCACCAAGGCUAUCUCUUCAGUCAUCUCCCCUUACAUUCACAGCAGCAAAUCCGAGCCCCGUUCCCCAUGAUUCCUAUCGGGGGCAUUCAGAUGGUUCACUCAGUCCCCGCUUCUGUGACCGGCUUAGCUCAUUCCUCCAGACUGCCUUUGCAAAAAAGUACAUCCGAGGAGUCCAGCACCAGUGAAGUGUCGUAUCCCAUGAUGGACUGCAGCAUGAAGGCCUCGGAUUACCCCGCGAGUCAUCAGGAAAAAGCAGCUUCCUCUCAGAUAACCACGUCAAGGAUUUCCCCAAGUUCUUUGAGCUUUUCCCAGAAAGAGAAGAGCCUGAAGACAAAAGAGGAAAUGGCUGAAAUCAUGGAGAAGGAAAAACAAGAAGAAAUCCUACAGACUUGUACAAAGGCUAUCGCGCUUCGAAUCGCUGCGGAAGAUGGAGCCCUGUCGGGAAGGGACGAGCCCGCAAAGGCUUCCGACCCUCCUCAGAAGCCCUUGGAAAGUGCACCGCUUGGCAUUCAGCACUUUAGUGGACCUGAGGCCAGUCACGAGGCGGCCUGCGCUUCAGCCACCCAAUCGGACUCGCACGUCGACAAAGACAACCUCAGUGUGGCAAAAACGGCAUUAGGUCAUUCCACGUUUUACAGCCGAAGCGCGGAGGACAGACUUUCAGGGCAGCUCGGCUCGAGGGAAUUGCCAACAAGCACAAGAGAUCCAGCACGAGAGGUUUUGGAAAAAGGUGAACUACAUUGAUACAAAAUGGAAGUGUCAAAAAUUUAACAAAAGAGGUCUUUAAAACAAACCAUUUUUUUGUUAUAGUUUCCUUAGAGUUUUAAAAAGUAUAGCAUGCCUUUGAUAACCUGGUUUGCUAUUUUACAUUUUUUUUUUCUUAUUACAAAAAAAUAAAUAAAUAAAAACAAAACAAAACAAAAAAAAACAGAGAAAAAAGUUGACUUAUACAUGAGCCUGACCAAAAUUGCUUAUGGACUUAUUUUAUUGUCCAGUCUGGUACUUUUAAAUGUACAGAUGUUUUGUGCCUUUUCUUUACUUUUGCUUAUAUUCUUAUAAGCAUAUUAAGCAGGAAAUUUGUAAAUAUUUAGAGUUUGUGUAUCUGCUUUGUAAUAAAUGUAAUUUCCCUUCUUUUUUGGACACUUGGGUCUGAAUGAUGUGAAGUUCAAAUAGUAUCAAUAUAUGUGAGGUUGCACUAAAACAUAUUUUUCUAUGAGUGAAAUUAAAUUGCUUUUGUGUACAGCGACAAUUCUAUAAUACUAAUAUUUAUUGUACUGUUUCAUAAAUUGUACAUUUUUCUUAAUGUUGUGGAUGCCUUUUUUAUGUGAAGCAUGGAUUUUUUGCUAUUGCCUAGAACAAAGACUGUAUACUGUAAACUUGCUAUUUCAAAAAAAAAAAAAAAAAAAAAAAAUGGAAAUAUAUACCAAUAUAUCUUACUCUCCACUAAUGCAUUAGCAGACGAAAAACUGCAUAUAGUAGAUUGUUCUCAAUGCUUGUAACUUUUUUGUCUCCUGUUUUCUGGAUUGGCUAUAGGUAAGUGCUAGAUGUGAUUUAAACAGAAUUAUAGUACUGUUAAGCAUUAAGUGAGACAACCUGUGCUGUUGUGCAUUUUUUUCAAAACGCUUACUAAAAUAGUGAUGACAUAUUAAAGGUAUUUGAUCU